UUGUGUCGUUAAGGUUAUGAUUGUUGUUGGAAUAUAAUUGUGACCAUCAACAUAUAAAAUCAUUUAGAGAGCAAAAUAUUGACUCGAAAUUACAGUGAUCAACAUUGUUCACGGUUCAUACAAUCAACAACAAUCAGUUAACUAUUUUUUAUUCCUCAUCCUAAUCAUCAUCAUUAUCAUCAUUAUUAAUAAACACUAAUGUUGCAAUUCUAUGUGAUUAUAACAAUAGGAAACAAGGAAAUUGUAACAAUCAACUAACCACUGUUGAUAUUUUCAUAUUCACUAACAGGGAAUUGAUGUUAUCUUAUAUUAUUAGUGUUCACAUUUUAUUCAGUUUUUAAUUGUCUCAUUAUUUACCCAAAUAUACAACUGACAAUUAGCCUAAUUAUUUCAUCACAAUUCACCAUUGAACUGCCAUCUAAAUAUUUGGAGAAUCAUCUAAUUAUUGUGAUUCAGUGAUAAACAAUUUAAUCUUCUAAUUGUAGUUUUUUUUACUGUCAAUUCAGUGUACUAAUUGUAAUAAUAAUUACGAUAAUUGAUCAAAGUGUAUUUUUAAUUGUGCUACUUUGGUAAAUUACAUUGUGGAUUAGAUUAACAUCGGUAUAUAUAUAAAUUGGAUUCGGUAAUUGUUGGAUUAAUUUUGUUUGAUUAUUUUUUUUUCGUUUCGAUAACAAUUAAGAAAGUAAAUUAAACAAAAAUCAAAAGUGAAAUCAUGAAUCGAAGCAACUCUCGAUUAGAAGUACCUCAAGAAUUAACUAAUUUACUUCUCGAUUUUACUGUAAGUGUGCUCAUUAACAAACCAGGGGAUCUUGUUGAUUAUGCAGCAAAUUAUUUCAAUCGGAUGAAAGAUGAAAAAAAGACAACAACAAUUAGAUCAACAUCAACAACAAUAACAAACCAAUCGGAUAAACAGCAACAACAUUUGGAUGAAGAAAAUGAAAUUGAAGAUUCAUUUGAUUUCAAACCACCCACAAAGUUAUCUUUUAAUCGCAGAAAAUCAGUUUUUGCUGAACAUUAUGAUCCAGCUGAAGAGGAUGAUGAAGAAGGUGAAAAGGUAGUUCACCCUAAAAGUGAUGAGCAAAGGAAACGUCUUGGUGAGGCUGUCAAAGGUAUAUUAUUAUUCAGAUCAUUGGAUCAGGUAGACAUGUCAGAAGUUCUGGACGCCAUGUUUGAAAGGAAGGUGCAUCCUGGUGAAUUAGUUAUAAGGCAAGGAGAUGAUGGUGACUAUUUUUACGUAAUAGAAAGGGGAACUUUCAGAUUCUACUGUACAAAUGACGGUAAACAUAUUGAACUUGGAGAGUACACUGAUUCCGGAAGCUUUGGUGAACUUGCUCUUAUGUAUAACAUGCCAAGAUCAGCAUCAGUUGAAGCCAAAUCUGAAGGAUCCCUUUGGGCGAUGAGUCGUCAAACAUUUCGAAAGAUAGUUUUAUCAAGAGCUUUCAAGAAAAGGAAAACAUAUGAAGCUCUGUUGGAAAGAGUUGAAAUGUUGAAGUCUCUUGAGGCAUACGAAAGGAUGAAUCUUUGUGAUGCUUUGACACCAAAAUCAUUUCGAAGUGGAGAAGUCAUCAUUAAAGAGGGUGAUCAGGCUGAUGGAAUGUAUUUUGUUGAAGAGGGAACUGUGGUAAUCACAAAAAUUGAUGAGAGAGGACAAGAGAAAGAGUUAUCAAGAUUAACUAAUGGAGGAUAUUUUGGUGAAUUAGCACUUAUAACACACAAACCUCGAGCAGCGUCAGUUAAAGCUGUUGAUGGUGUCAAGACUGCAUUUCUUGAUGUUGGAGCUUUUGAACGACUUUUGGGACCCUGUAUGGAUAUAAUGAAGAGAAAUUUCAACGAUUAUGAAUCACAAUUAGAGAAAAUUUUUGGCAGUAAAGCAAACAUAUCAGACCUACGAUGACCCAAUCAACAUCAUUAACCACCGAAAUCAUAUGAAAAAAAAACACACACACACACAACACAAAUACAAAUAUAUACAAUUAAAGAAGAGGCAAAGAAAAACACUAAAACAAGGAGACAUCAUUAUCAUCGUCGUCGUCAUUUCUUAUCAUCGUCAUCGUCAUCAUCAUGGAAUCUUUUUUUUCUGAUCAGGCCUUUAUCGUGUGAGGAUGAAAAUCAAAGCCUAUUAAAGUCAAACUGUCAACAUCACACAAACAAUAUAAAUAUUAUACAUACAUCUAAAUGUAAUAACGAAAAACAAGAAAACUCUUUUUUUUGUGUCAUCUUCCCUCUAUAAUCAUCAUCAUCAUCAAGAGAAAAACAAACAUCAAUAUAUACACAUAAAUCUACUAAAUAUACAACAAGAAUACACAGCCAACCAUAAUUUAUAACAGAAUGGAAAAAAAACAAAAGGAAUCAUCUAAAUCAUCAAAAUGUUCAUCGAGACUUAAUUACUAACCAAAUUAAACAUAAACCAUUAAAUGUUAUCGUAAAGGAAAAGGAAGAGAGGAAAUCUAAUCAUAAUGAAACAAUUAAACCAAAAAAAUGACAAAAAUAAGAAAUUAACUUACCUUGGA